UAAUAUGCACCACUCCACUAGUUUUUACAAAACCAGCUAAUUUCGAGCUGCACCACCUCCGGGUUGACCAACCCAGCCGCCCGCCAAUGGCGACCGCCGCCGCCGACGAGCUCGCGCUGCGGCGGCUGGACGACGCCACCCGCGACGCCCGGAGGCUUCAGCUCGAGACCCUCCGCGCCAUCCUCGCCGAGAAUGCCGGCGCCGCCUACCUCCGCCGGUACAUCCCCUCCGACGGCGGCGCCCACCACCUCCUCCGCUCCACCGACCUCGCCGCGGCGGCCGACGAAUUCCGCCUCCUCGUCCCCGUCACCUCCUACGACGACUACGCCGAGUCCAUCCGCCGCGUCGCGGAUGGCGACGCUGCCCCCGACGAGCUCUCGCCGCGCCCCCUCCUCUGCUUCUUCCUCAGCUCUGGGACGAGCUCGCUGCGGCCGAAGCUGAUACCCUACUUGGAUUCGCCGGGGGCGAGGGCCGCCACCGCCGCCGUGAUGCAGGCCAACUCCGCCCUCGUCAGAAGGCUGUUCCCUCCACGGCCGGCGGUGAGCAAGGCGCUGUGGUUCUUGUACGCCGGCGAGGUCAGGAAGACGAAGGGUGGAUACGAGGCCAUGGCGGCGACGGCGUGGGGCAUCCGGAGCAGCGGCAUCCGGGGAGCCUCGCCGGUGAUGUCCGCCUGCGUCAGCCCCGCCGAGGUCAUCCUCGGCGCCGACCACCAGCAGCAGAUGUACUGCCACCUCCUCUGCGGCCUCCGCCGAUGGGACGCCGUCGACUGCAUCCGCGCGCCGUACGCCGCCGCCCUGGCGCGCGCCCUCCGCCUCCUCCAGUCCAAGUGGCGUCAACUCUGCGAUGACCUCGAGUGCGGGACAGUCUGCGCCGACGUCGUCACCGACGCGGCGAUGAGAGGCGCCGUCCAGGACGGAGUGCUCGCCGGGCCAUGCCCCGAGCUCGCCGGCCGCGUCCGCCGAAUCUGCGAGAGGGAUGACUGGCGCGGCGUGCUGCGCCAACUGUGGCCGGACGCGAGGUACAUCUCCUGCGUCACGACGGGGACCAUGGAGCAGUACUUCCCGGCGAUCAAGCACUUCGCCGGCGAGGCGUUGCCGGUGCUCGGAACGGACUACCUCGCCUCCGAGUGCGCCAUCGGCAUCAACCUGGAGCGCACGUCGCCGCCUGAGGAAACCACCUACGUGCUCCUCCCCAGGGCGGCAUACUUCGAGUUCAUCCCGUUCGACAUGGACGCCGCCGGCCGCGGCGCCGCCGCGGCAGAGCCGGUGGACAUCGCCGGCGUGGAGGCCGGCAAGACGUACGAGUUGGUGGCCACCACGUUCCGUGGGCUGUACCGGUACAAAGUCGGCGACGUCGUGAAGAUCGCCGGCUUCCACCACUCCUCCCCUCGGCUUCAGUUCGUGACCCGCGCGCCGCCGCCGCAAGAACACGGCGAGGUGCUCACCGAGAGGGACGUCAUGGCCGCCAUGGACACCUUCCAGCUCAUGCUAAAGGACGGCGGCGAGGUUAUCGAAUUUGCGGCGUUCAUCAUUGACGGCGACGGAGGCCAGCGGCGGCGGCGAUGCGCGACGAUCGCCGUCGAGGUGAGCAAUGGAAGCAAGCUGCUCGACCAUGAGAGGUCAGCCGCCUUCCUCAGGCGAUGCACCGCGCCGCUCGAGGGCUGCCUCGGCGGAGCGUACAGGCUGAGCAGAGCCACCGGCGACGUCGCGCCGCUGGAGGUCGCCGUGGUGAGGCCCGGCACGUUCGACAGGCUCGCCGAGGCCGCGAUCCGCGGCGGCGCUCCGGCGAACCAGUACAAGCCGCCCAAGAUCGUCAGGCACCGGCACCUCGUCGAUGUGCUGCAAUCCUCCGUGGUGUGCAGCAGCAGCUCAAUCACUGAACCAGCUGCUCACUAGCAUCUGUCUCAUUGUGUCACUGAACCAGCGGCAGUUUCUUGAUCGUGAGUCCAAUUCCGGCACUGACAAGGUGUUCAUCUCCGAUUCGAUUCUGAAUUUUCAGCACUGGGGAGGUUUCAGUCUCCGAUUCGAUCUACAAGAAGAAUCCCUCACCCUUUAUAAGGAUCACCCAAGCUAGAGGGAAUCGUCGGUCGGUUGCUCUCGUUUGGUCAGCGCUGAUUUCAGAAAUUCAGACUUGCGUCCCCGCAAAAAAAAAAAAAAA